AUGGUUCAAAUGGCAGUCAUCGACGAAGAAAUCCCGGCGAUCGACUAUUUCUCCCUCUUCUCCGGCGACCCUGUCCAGCGUUCCAAGGCGCUCGACUGCCUCUCCACAGCUUGUGAGCACUACGGCUUCUUCAACCUAGUGAACCAUGGGGUUCCUGAUGGAGUGAUAGAAGGUGCUUUGAGUGGGAUAGCAGAUUUCUUCGAGCAAACGUCGGUGGAAGAGAAGAGCAAGUACAAGAAAGGUGAUCCCAAGGCUAGGAUUCUUUGGGAUGCCAGGAGUCACUCCGGUGAGAACAGAGAACAUCUCAAGCUCCUCGCUCGUCCAACGUUCCAUUGCCCUCCUAAUCCUCCAUCAUUUAGAGAGGCAUUGGGAGAGUACGAGAGGAGAGUCCAUGAAGUGUCGUUGGGGUUAGGAAGGGCAAUGUCCUUAAUCUUGGGACAGGAAGAGUCCUACAUCGAGAAUGCUUUCAAUUUGGAAUCAGGCUUUAACGUGGCUGCCAUGAAUCGUUACCCACCAAACUUCCAGUCGAAGGGCACCAUGGGACUGGCUGAACACACCGAUCCUGGCUUCAUCAUCUCCCUCGUCCAGAAUAUGGAUGGUGGCCUUCAAAUCCUAACCCACCAAGGACAAUGGAUCAACGUCCACAUCCCUCCCAACACCAUCUUAAUUCAACUUGGGGACCAACUGGAGCUUCUAACCAAUGGCAAAUACAAGAGUCACAUCCAUCGAGUGUUGGUGGAUACCUACAAGGUGGAGAGGAUCUCUAUAGGCAUACUCCAUGGGCCAUCUAUAGAUGAAUUUGUGGCUCCCGGACCAGAAUUCAUAAACGGCAAUCAUCCACUUGCUUACCGUGGAAUAACAUACUCAAAUGCUUUGGAAGCUAACGAUCGUUACGAAAUUGAAGUUCAGUCAUGCAUUGACCAACUUAGAAUUCUACCAAUAUGAGUGAUUUAUCAAAUAAUACUCAUAUCAUUACAUAUUUGGUAUGGGU